AUGUAUCUUGAAUUUAAGAAUAUUAGCUUAAAUGUCCACAUCUCUCGUGGAUGGCUUGUCGCUAUUGUGGGUAGUGUUGGCUCUGGAAAAUCAUCUUUUCUUUCCGCCUGUCUUUUCGAUAUGUUUAAACGAAGUGGAUCAAUCUCUGUAAAAGGUUCAAUUGCUUACGUGUCACAAACAGCCUGGAUACAGCAGCAGUCACUACGAGACAAUAUUCGUUUUCACACAUCCGCUGAAACUCAAUCGAAUCCAGUUGCAGAACAGAUGGAAGAAUUAUGGUAUAAAAGUGUUGUUUCAGCUUGUGCUCUUGAAACUGAUAUAGCUCAUCUUCCCGCUGGUGAUAAAACAGAGAUUGGAGAGAAAGGUGUCAACUUAUCUGGAGGUCAAAAGCAGCGUGUAAGCUUGGCUAGAGCUGUAUAUCAGUUCAUUGAAGACUCAGUUUUUCAAUCUAAUAAUUAUGCUUUAUAUAUUUACAAAGGUUUAAUUGUAAACCGCCUGGAAUUUGUUAUUUUUAAAGGUGCUCUAAUACAAAUCGAUGUUAGUUAUAACAAUAUUGAUGAUAAUAGUAGUCUUGAAUCGAAGUAUUUUCUUUUACCAAGGUUGAGUUAG